CGCAGCUGCCAGCCAGUAGUCUGCUGCAGAGUGGAGGCAGUGACGUCACCGCCGGAGCAGUUCCUUAGAGAAAAAUGGAGAGGUUUCUGCGAGGAUGUUAUAAAAAGGGCUUUGUGUUCCAGUGCCAUUAAUAAGUCUCUACAGAGCGGAGAAAAAAAAGACUAAAAUAAUACCACUUUGAUCCUACUUUGUCCUUGAACAACGUGCAUGUAUUGGCAAUGACUCUCUGGCAUUUUGGUAACUGCCUUUAUUUCCCAUCUUCUGGACUAAGGUUAUGGUGUCAGAAUACAAGAUGAGAGGAGCAGUGACUCCCUUGAUAAAAGCGCUCACCAACAGGCGCUGUGGUUGGGUGUAAAUGAGGAAUGGCAUCUUUGGAUCUUCCCUACCGCUGUCCGCGUUGCGGGGAACAUAAGCGUUUCAGAAGUCUUUCAUCGCUGCGUGCCCAUCUGGAGUACAACCACACUUACGAGACCCUUUAUGUCCUUUCCAAGUCCAACAGUGUUUGUGAUGCCGCUUUAGUGCCUCUAGUCUCUGAUGGGCCCUUACUGAAUCCUGUGGCUGGCCGAAAGGACGUCUUUGAGAGCACAUCCUUUAGUGCCAAGGAACACCUCUACCCCUAUGAUCUGUCACUUGUUGAAGAUUUAGGAUUGACUGCUGCCACCACUCGAUACAUUUCCAAUAUAGAUGUUCCCCUAAGUGAGAUUUUUAUCAAAAAAGGAAUGACUUCCACCACUCCAUCUACAACUAACUCUGCUGCUGUCACUGCUGCGGCCACUGCUGCAGCUAAUGCCGUAGAAGCGGCAUAUGAAGAGGGCCUAGCCCGACUAAAGGUACGUGCCUUUGAAAAACUGGAAUUGGAUGAGCGUCUAGAGAAACUUUCUGAGGAGGUGGAGCAGAAAAUAGCGGAACGUGUGGGGCGACUACAGGUGGAACUUGAGAAGAAGAGCUCAGAAUUGGAGAAGGCCAAGCAGGAGAGUGUUCGCCUUAGUCAGGAGAAACAGGACCUGGAAGACAAGGCCUCUGAGUUGUCUCGCCAGGUGGAUGUCUCUGUGGAAAUGUUAGCCAACCUCAAGCAAGAUCUUGUCUCCAAGGAAACGGAGCUCACCCGAAAACAACAGGAGGUGGCACAGAUUGACCAGUUCUUGCAGGAAACAGCAGCUCGUGAAGCAAGUGCCAAAGUUAGGCUGCAACAGUUCAUUGAGGAGCUUUUAGAUCGAGCUGACAGAGCAGAGAAGCAGUUGCAGAUUAUCAGUAGCUGUGGCACUACCCCCAAUGGCAGCCUGGAUCAUGGUAGUGUCUCUGAUAUGAAGGGAACGGGACGGCAGAGAGACAGAAAUGGCAACAAUUCUGGAGUUUCCCGAGGUGUGUAUCAAGUAUCAGAUCGACGCUCGUCACCUAGUACAGGGGCAUCUAGUCGAGUAAAGACAGUUUCACAGGGUUCGGGAGGUUAUGACAGUGACAGUAUUGAGAUGCAUCCCUUGGAGGAAUGCCCAGAGGCACAGUAUUACCAUGUGCACUGCCGUUCUGGUGAAGGGGGAUUUGACAGAGCAGCAGUAUCCAAAAACUGGGCGCUAAGAAAACAGGCCAUCCAAAACUGGCAGCGACGUCCCUAUCGUAACAGCACUGAAGGGGAGGAGGGUGACGUGUCUGACGUGGGCUCCCGAACAACUGAGUCAGAAGCUGAAGUCUGGGAGCAGGAGAGGCGAGCCUCGACAGAAUCACAUCAGUCCAAUUCUAACAAGGCUUGUGCCGGAUACCGACUGGGCUCAGGCCGUUCAGAUGCAGAAUGCAAGCCAUGCAGGCAUGACAAAAACAGUCCAUCCAGGUCAAAUGAAGUAAUCAGUCCUGAAAUUUUAAAAAUGAGGGCAGCCCUUUUUUGUAUCUUCACCUACCUGGAUACUAAAACUCUCCUGCGUGCCGCUGAAGUUUGCAAAGACUGGAAAUUUGUUGCCCGGCACCCUGCAGUGUGGACCAGAGUAUUGUUGGAGAAUGCCAGGAUAUCUUCAAAGUUUAUGACAACCAUGUCUCUGUGGUGUACUCAAACACAUUCACUUAUUCUCCAAAACCUCAAGCCACGCCAGCGGGGGAAAAAAGAGACAAAAGAAGAGUAUCUCAAAAGCACACGUGGUUACUUAGAACUGGGAUUGGAGGCCAUGCUCAAAGCUGCAGGAGGCAACCUUCUGAUUUUAAAAAUAUCUCACUGUCCAAAUGUUCUGACUGACCGAUCUCUCUGGCUGGCCAGCUGUUACUGCCGCUCAUUACAGGCUGUCACAUAUCGGAGUGCUACAGAUCCUGUUGGUCAGGAAGUUAUAUGGGCUCUUGGAGCAGGAUGCAGAGACAUUAUUUCCUUACAGGUGGCCCCACUUCACCCCUGCCAACAACCAGCACGAUUUAGCAAUCGAUGUCUUCAGACCAUUGGGAGAUGCUGGCCACAUCUUCGUGCGCUGGGAGUAGGAGGGGCCGGUUGUGGCAUCCAAGGCCUGGCAUCUUUAGCUCGAAAUUGCAUGCGUCUGCAAGUGUUGGAAUUGGACCACGUAAGUGAGGUAAACCAAGAAGUGGCUGCAGAGGUUUGUCGGGAAGGACUGAAAGGCCUUGAGAUGCUGGUUCUCACCUCUACCCCUGUAACACCUAAAGCUCUUCUUCAUUUCAAUAGUGUUUGUCGUAACUUGAAAUCAAUUGUUGUACAGAUUGGGAUUGUGGAUUAUUUUGAAGAUCCAAAUAGCCCAGAAGCCAAGAAACUUUUUGAAGAAAUGGUUAACAAACUCCAGGCACUAAGAAAAAGACCUGGAUUUUCAAAGAUUCUUCACAUUAAGGCAGAUGGAAUAUGCUAACCCAGAGUUUUCCGACCUGAUAAAGCAUACUUUACCUCAAACACAGACAGAUCCUGAAUGAAGUCUUUACACUUUAGAAAAGGAUGGAAAACAAGAGAAAAGUGAUGGAAAGUGUUUUUGAAGCAGUCGUAAAAAAUUUGAUACACAAGCAAGACAGAAAAAUGAUAUUCUUUAAUCCUUUGCUUCAGGAUAUGCUAUUGCUCAUUACUCAGAAAAAUCAACAAUACCAAUGUGCAUCAAAUAGUUUAGGAUAUUAAGAAAACAGGGAUUUCAUUUUAAAAGAACAACUUUAAAAACUGUCCAGUGAACCUAUUGUUUUCUUUGCUGUCCUUUGGCAGAAGGGAGAUAUAUUACUUAGUUAGUGCAUAAAACUUGAAAUGUUACCACCUUGCUGAAAUAAGAGCUAUCACCCCAUCCCAGAUGAGGUACGGUGAAUAUUUUUCAAUUAGCACAGAGCUAGCCAGUGAAUAUGUAUUCCCCUCUCUAGGACAAUUUUGUAUAUGAAGCACAGAGCACAUGUUAUAUUUAGGGAAAAAAAAGGGAGAAACAGAAUGUGCAUUAGACCUACGCUACUCGGUCGUUUAUAUUAGGAAAGAAAAACAAGGCAACUAUAGUCCUAAAUCAUCGCGCUUCUUCGUGGCUUUCUUUAAGUUUGUACUCAAUUUAUUUGGAUCUUAAAACUGAACAGUUACACUGAAGAGCUUUUGCAGAGCUGCCUGUGCACCAACACUUAAAAAAUAAAUACCAUACAUGAGAAGACUUGCAAAAUGGUUUUCUGCAAAAAAGAGAUGGCAUCCCACAGUUGAAACCAGAGCCUGGAGAAGGACAGAACCCUUUGGUUAUUCUGAUCGUGAAAUGAGCAGAGCAUCUUGUCCUUUUUACUGACAAUAACAUACUUCGGGAUAACACUUUCUAUCACAUUUAUCCCUUCACACUUUUUAAUUUAAAUAAUGGCAAAGUCUUACAGAUUAAUACUGAAAAGAUUGGUUUUUUUUUGUUUUUUCCAUUGUACCAGAGGCUAACUUCUAGCUUAUGGCUUCCCUGCAACGUGGCAGAUCCUUUUCACAAUUUAACCCAUGCAGUGUAUGAAUGGGUUUUCAUUGAGAAAUCAAUCAUUUUUCUACAUAUCAAAAUGCAGAAGAUCCAAGUCACAACAGUAAUGCAUUACAGGUGGGGCUAGACCAUGUAUAUCACGUCACACAUUCCAUGCUAUUCUGCCUUCAGAUCUUGCAUCCUCAGACUCUUGGCUGAUAGGAGCCCACAGAGCUGAAGAGGACACCAUGAAUCAUAUCACUCACUGAUUUAAUGGACUGCUUUCAUACUAUCACAAGGUGCUAGAUAAAAUGGAAUGACUCCAGGUCAUAAAUUGAAAUGUUUAAUACCUUAAUGGAAACACAAACCAAAAGUGAAAUGUGUACAAGUGCACAUAGGAAAAAUAAAUGAUUUGAUCAAGUUACU